ACGUCACUUUGGUAUCCUUUUUGACCAUGAAGAUCGCUAGUCUUUUCGCUAUCGUCGGCUCUGCCGCUGCCUUUGCACCGGCUUCCCAAAUUCAUCGUGGAUCUUCGUCUCUUUCCGCCUGGAAGGACGAAACCGUCGUCGGAAUAACCGCCCCUGUUGGGUUUUUUGAUCCCCUCGGUCUGUCCAAAGACAAGAAUGAUGAAACAAUGGGUUACUACCGUGAAUCCGAAUUGAAGCAUGGUCGCGUUGCUAUGGCUGCUUGUUUGGGAUGGUUCAUCACUGCUGGAGGUACCCAUCCCGCCUUUAACAGUGAGCUUUCCAGUGAUCCUCUUGAGGCUGCCCGGCAGCUUCCGUUCGUCGCUUGGUUGCAGUUCAUCCUUGGCUGCGGUGCCGUAGAGUGGCUAACGGAACAGAUUAAGAAGCGUCCCGGGUACGUCCCUGGUGAUGUUCUCGGAGCAUCGUACUGGGCUGACAACAGCGACGAAGGAUGGGUGGACUACCAAAACAAGGAGCUGAACAACGGACGACUUGCUAUGCUUGCCAUCGCAGGAAUCUACGCCCAGGACAUUCUCUUCAACAACUACGGUGACAUGCUUUUUAAGCGCUAGAUAGUACAAGAUCCUCAUUUUGGUCCUUAAUUUGACUUGCAGAGAUAUAUUGAUCGCUCUU